GCGUGCGUAUUGUUGUCGAUAACAUACGCUGUUUCUUGAUUUUGUUCAAUAUUUCGGAUUAAACUGUAUAUUACUAAAUUUAUGUUAACAAAUGUAUCAAUUUGCUUUUUAACAUAAAAAACCACUGACUGAUAUGACUGAAAUUUGUUCUGUAGUGUUGUAGUUUUUAGCAUAUGCAAACAAUAUAAGAGAUUAAAAAUGUCAAUAGUAUGAUCAUGUUUUGUUUUUAAAACAUACAAAUGCUGAUUUAUCAAAUCGCAGUUGUCGUCGCGCUUCAACAAAGGCAAUGGUUGAUUGUAAAGUUCUGGUCUUAUUGUUAAUGCUGCUGGCCCUAGCAUGCGCGCGUCCCGAGCAGCAGGUGACGGUGCCGCCGCAGUCUCUGGCAGCAACCUCAUCAGAGCCGGAGUCCCCGUUGGUAACCCAACCGAUAGAGGUGUCUAUGGUAUCGGCGCCAUCGCCCACAUCGGCACCUAAUCUGCAUCGUGUGAACGAAGCAGUCAACGCAGAUUCAUUGCCAGCUAUAACACCGAUGACCAGUACGACGGCUGCUACACCAUCAGCCGCAGUGUCUUCCGAAUUGCCCGAAUAUCUGAGAAAUUGUUUUUAUGCGGAAGAGGAGCUGUGCCUCAACUGGCGCCGCCACAACGCUAGUGGCGAUGAUCCACACAUACCCGACCGAGCGGAUAUUCUGCUAGAUACUGGCGCCGAAAACAUAACUGCAGAUAAUAUGACUGCGUACAGUGGACAAAAUGGCAGCCUGUCACAGGCUCACGGUCAGCAGAGUCCUGGAGAGCGCGACUCCAACAGCUGUCAGUGCCGUGAGCAUCCGACGCGUGCCAACUCUUGGUACUGCUGCAACAUUACGCAUAUUUCAAUGAUCUCAAGUUGCAGCAACAUAUCGAAAUGGGCAAACCUGCAUGUACGCAAUCUUACCGUGCAGGCUAUGAACCUCUCCAAUCCAAUAUAUCGAUCGCUGCAGUCACUUGCCGUCACGGAUGGAAAUAUAAUGCAACUGACGAAUGCCUUCCCGCGACACUCCAAGCUAAAGUGCCUUAACAUAUCGAAUAAUAACAUUUCAGAGAUCGCAUCACGGGCUGUCAAGGAUGUGCCCCACCUAGAAUUUCUUGGCAUAUCGAACAAUCUGCUUUCCCGUGUGCCAAAUCGAAACCAGAACAAGAACAUUGCCUUGGACAUUAGUGGGAACAUGCGUUUGCUUUGUGAGCCCCUUAGCGAGAUCAUCUAUAUCGACUCAUUCAACAUUGUUAAUCCGGAACACUCAUUUUGUUUGUAUAACGCGACACACAAGUGGUUUAAUUCCACAGAUCUGGUUUCCGUUAAACAACUUGAAAGCAUCAAGAAAUGUGGUACCAAGUGUCCGAGUAUACCGAAUUAUGGCAACUGUUCUUGCAAUAUAUACAGUAUCAUGAUAAUACAGGGCGAUCAAUCCAGGACCGUGUGUAAUGUCGAUUGUUCUAACCUUGGCUUGGUUGAGCUACCAUCCCAGUUACCGGACAACACGUUUACGUUAAACAUAAGCAACAACAAAAUAAGCAGCCUGGGAGAUCAUUUCCAUACAAAUCCCACCUAUUACAAUAUUGUAAAACUGGUCGCCGAUAAUAAUCAUAUAUCUUCUAUAUACGAAUUUGAGGGUACCAAGUUCAUUGAGCAAUUUCAACGCCUCUACAUGCGGAACAACUCCCUAAGUAAAAUUCCCGAAUAUUUUUUGAACAAUGCUCUUAUGGAUACGGGCAUUGGACGGCGCAUUUAUCUGGCUGAGAACAGACUGCAAUGUGACUGCAACUCGGCAAAAACGUUGCAAAACUGGCUUAAGGAACGCAGUACCGAUAUACCCGACUACAUGGACAUAAGAUGCCGCAAUUUACCUCAAAGCGUCAUUGAGCUGCAGGAAACAAAGCUGUGCCAGUCACCGCCCGACUGGACGGACUACAUAUACUAUUUAAUAGCAGCGGAGGUAAUUCUUCUGCUAGCUCUGAUCACAAAGGUUUCCUACGACUACUGGGUUUUCAAGACAGCCGGCUACUUACCAUGGCCAGCAAGUAAAAUGCCGAAACUGCCCUGCGACUGGCUGUGCGAGUCCUAGAUUAACUAACCGAUAAAUAGCCAGACUGAACGUGGACAUAGCAUAUCGGCUUGACACUUCACCAUGAGCGACUAUAACGAAUAUCGAUUUUGAUGUGCCUUCUUACAUAUGCCUAUAUAUACAUAGAUUUAUUUAUAUUGCAUCUAUUUGCUGCAAUAAAAUGUUGUGUACAAUCUAAACGAUAUGUACCUAUAUAUAUAUACCUAUAGCCUGACUGGACGUCACCAUGACACACUAUGACGGAUAUCAAUUUCAAUGUGCCUUCUACUAUCUAGUUUUUAAAUAACCCCUUAUAAUGAAAAGUUAUGUAUAUUUGUUGUCAAUUAUUGUAUGUAAAUUUGCGUAUUGUCGUGAAAUAUCUAGAAUUUACUGCGCUAUAUAAAGAAAUAAUGAAUAUCCAAAAUCGUAUAGUCUUAGUUACUUAGUACGGUUUUGCAGGAUUCGCUUUUGUGUAUGUACAUGUAAGUACGCCUUCUAAAAAUUCGAUUGAAAUCAGUACAGCUGGCUACUUUGCGUAUGAUAUUUAUUGUUGUGGUUUCUUGCAAUUUAAAUAUGUAUUACAAUAAUUUUAAGAAAAAAAUGCGCUUUUUUAUGUUCACAUCUAUGCAUGAUGAUUUUGUAUAGUUUUUUUUUUAUAUUUUUAUUAUUGUUAUUAAUCUUUAUAGUACCUACUUUAUGCCAUGUUACUAGACGUAUUGCCACGCAUGUUUGCAGUUGAUUGUGUAAAUGUUUGUGCCUAAUAAGAAAAACAUUUACGUAUACAUACAUACAUACAUUCAAUACCAUUGAUUUUGUGGUGUUUUUGCAUAACUAUAUUUUAAAAUAUGUUUAAUAAGUUUUAUCAUUAUUAUGUUUGCCGCUUUAUAGUAUUUAAAUACUUUCACAUAUGUAGUUUCGUACUUAUCGCUGUAAUCAAUUCUUUUGAAUGUAUUUUCGUUGCGUAACGUUUUUUUGUAUGCUAUACAUAUUUGUCAAAAUGUGAAAAUAAAUUAAAAUCAAAGUGCUUUCAUUAUUGAAAAUAUGUAUUAAUAUUGUAU